AUGCCAGAAUUAAGCCUUGGCCGGCUCUCUGCGCUUACGCAGACCCGGUAUGUCAUUCACUUGUCGGAUGGAAAACGCCUAGUGCUCUUCCGCCUGCCAACGAUCGAUGCUGGCGGGCGCAGCAGGGCGCAGAAUGAGAGCGGUGAUGGAUGGUCCUACUACGCCAUGGAAGCGGAGUGCCCGCACGCUGGCGGUCCUAUGGAAGCUGCACAGAUUGACAUUGAAGACUCGGCCUAUAUCGCCUCCUGUCCAUGGCAUGCCUAUGACUUCAAUGUGGAGACGGGCGAAUCGAGCGUCGGUAUCAAAGCGUGCACAUUUCCAAUUGACGUCCAAGAGGACGCGGUGACUUUGACCUACCCAUCGGAUGGCGUCUCGAUCGAGAAGUUGGAGCCUGUCAGCGAGAAGAUUAAAUUGAAAACUCCUUGCUCGGGUACUGCUGCGGCCUCAGCGGAGCCUGCAUCAACCCUGGCGGCCGCUGCGCCGUAUCUUGACGAGGAUGCUACGCUUUGCGACUGGUGCGCCCAUAUCCUAAACACCUCGAAUCCUGAACACAAGAUCGAACUCACUGCCCAUCUAUUCUCAACUUUCACCGAAAGGGAGGGGACACCCUCACCGAUGACCAUCAUUCGAGGAAGUCCUGCGUCACUCCCUCCCAUGCCACCGCGGGAAAACCUCGUGGAAGUCCGGCCUAGCGCCAUGCCAAAACCAGGACGAGGAGGAAGUCUGAAGAGUAGGAUCGCUAUGCUGCAUGCUCUGGCCAACAUCGAGCAGUGGGCCAUUGAUCUGGCUAUAGACAUCUGCGUGCGGUUCGCAGAGUUCCAAACCAGUCCAACAGCGCAGGAGUCUGCACGGCAAUUACCCCGGACGUUCUUCCACGACUGGCUCAAGGUAGCCAAUGAUGAGGCCAAGCAUUUCUCGUUACUGCGGACCCGCCUGGAGGAAAUGGGUUCCUACUUCGGCGCUCUCCCCGUUCACCACGGCUUGUGGGAAUCUGCUACCAAGACAGCGCACGAUCUUCGAGCAAGGAUCAGCAUCAUCUCGCUCGUUCAUGAAGCUCGUGGUCUCGAUGUCAAUCCAAUGACCAUUGCCAAGUUUCGCAAUGCGCGUGAUGACGAGAGCGUUCAAGCGCUCGAGAUUAUACACAAUGAUGAGAUUACCCAUGUGACAACCGGCCAUAGAUGGCUUACGUGGAUCUGCGAGCAAGAACAUACCGACCCAGUGGAGGUAUUUCGCUCGAACGUACGCAAGUACUUCGUCGGAGGCCUCAAAGAGCCCUUCAACAGAGAUGCCCGCGCAAUGGCGGGCAUGGACGGGCGCUAUUACGACAACUUGGUCUACUGA